AAAUUUUUAUUAAAUAAUACAAAAUUACUAAUCCUCUAACUUAAUUUCACCAUAAAACUAGCAUUUAUAAAACCUAAUCUAAUAAAUUAUGUGCGAAAUUCCAUUGAAAUUAAAAGUGUAGCCGUACACACUAUAGCGUCAUUUCUCAUUUCUUUCUCAGCUGUUUCCCGCCACUCAUGUAUUUUCGUGAGAAAUUCUUGGAUUUCAUUGUGUGUUCUGCUUGCUCUAGUGGGACGUUUUGUUAACCCGGCGGUGUGGAUAUCUUCGAUUUUUCCUCUUAAAAAGUAAAAAAAUAAAAUACAAAUAUAUUCUAAAACUACGCCCUAAAACUAAGAAGUUUCUUUUAAACAAUUAAAAGUGCGAUACGCAAAUAAAUACAACUAUUUAUUUAGUAAGUUUGCGUCGAAAACUGAAAAAUUCACAGCAGCUGAUUCUUCAGGAAUAUUUUAUUCCGAUUUGAUUGGGUUUUUUUUUUAUAUAUUUUUGCAAAAGCAAAAGGUACAUUUUGUGUGUUUCUGUGUAUAAAUUGUGUUAUGAAUUGAAUUUAGAAUAUAUGCCCAUAAACGUUGUGAACAAAAUUAUUUAAAAUAAGGAUCAUAAAACAAUAAAAACAUUUCACUCUAAGAAAUGUACUAUUAGAAAUAAGAAUAAAUAAAAGAAAAAGAAAAACACGUGAGAAACAAAGCCAGAUGUGAAUUAUCCUCGACCGCCGCCCUACUUUGGUGAAAGUGUACAUUUUAAUAUAAAAAAGGAAUAAUUUUUAACUAUUAACUAAAACAAAAGCUAAAGAGACAUCAUGUCCUCCGUGGUAAUAAAGUCGGAAGAAAUAAUUGUGGAUACCAACGAAUAUAAUAGCGACGACCUGGAUGAAGAUCUAAACUUAACGUUUGAAGACACUGGAGGCGAAAUUUACCAACAACGAGUUACUUAUACAAAAUCAAUUCAACACAACCAUGAAUCUUCUCAUGGACUGGCAUCUUCAACAACUGUUGUAACCUCCCAACAUCAUCGUAACGAUAUGAACUCAAGUGCUGGCAGCACUGAGCAAAAUAACGCAGGAUCUAAAAGUUCUGCACCAAAAAAUAUCUUAGAAAGUGAAAAGCGCAUACGAAGGGAAAUUGCAAAUAGCAAUGAAAGAAGGCGCAUGCAGAGCAUAAACGCUGGAUUUCAAAACUUGAGAGCAUUGCUACCCAGACAUGAAGGAGAAAAACUUAGUAAAGCUGCCAUUCUCCAACAAACUUCCCAGUACAUAUGCGAUCUGGAAAAUCAGAAGACUCAACUCCUAGCCCAGAACAGUCAAUUGAAACGUACGCUUGGCCAACAUGAAUUGUCUCUCAGUGGAUAUGGAAGUGGUAAUGGUCCAUCUAACACCGAAGAAGGUUGCAGUGCUAUUAAAAAACGUAAGCUUACUGAUAAUGUAAUAUCGCUGCAACAGAUUUCUGAUUCCUCUGACGAAGGUCUUGGAUCAGUCUCGCCGGAGCCAACUACACUUCUCCAGACUGGUACUAACCCAUCAAGUGCAGUACCUUUAGGUUUGGCAAAGGCGGCACAUGGAAACGCCUACAUAACGCAUAGUGCAAAAGAGUUGCUUGAAUUGAAGAAACAAUUAGAAAAGGAACGCCGAUUUCGGGCAGUAAUAGAAGAAGAACUUCGUUUGAUUAAAAGACAAUUAUAUAACGACAAUUUUAUCACAAGAGAGGUCAUCGAGCAUACAGACAAUGUCCAUGAGGAAAACGGUACGAUCUCGUACGUAGCACUGAAUGAAAAAAAUGAACCAUCAGAAGUUGUGGUAUGCUCUUCAAUUGAAGAAGUAAACGACGAUUGCACCGAAAUCAUAAGUGAUGAAAAUAUCCACGAAGAAAUUAUUGUGGCACAUGAAGAAGACAUUAAGUACGACACUUCUGCAUUGCAGCCAAUACUGCAAGCGGCAAUCAAAGCUCAACCAAAAGUCGAAGUUGAACGAAUCAAUGAGACUGUUAUGAAAAUCAACACCACAGAGAGAGAUCUCCAGCCAUCUCAGAAAAAAGGCAGUGGAAAUUCUAUUGGAUUAACACGAUCGCGGCAAAACCUUGAGACGAUAGUUGAGGCCAUUCGACAUCUAGAAGGUGACCAUCUGUUCGGUGAAAGCGCUGCACAUCAAAAAAAAGCACAAAAAUCACAAGAAUCUCCUUUGGCAUUGACUACUAAACAAUUAGUAUCUACUGUAUCUUCUGCUGUUCAGCCACACCACCAACAACAACAGCAGCGCAAAACAAUUGCCGAAUUAAGUCCGUUCCUACAGAUAAAGAAUCCAAAAAUGGGGUCAACUAACAUCGUAACUAUCGUAAGAGGAGGACGAUCAAUUUCAUUAACUCCAAGCUGUGGAGGAGAUAACUCCUUGUCGAUAUCAAGCGUGACAAAUCCAUCCACCCAGAAUAUCAGUACAGCAAAUAACAUGCCUUCUAGUAAUAACAGCAGCAAUAGUAAUGCUAAUAGUACGAGCAACAUUAUCCCAGCGAAUAGUGCUGUCAUACCAACGGCAAUAGUCAAAGUUCAACCAACUUUGCCGACAGCCACAUCAUCUCUACCCAUUGCUACACCCCCAUCACAUAUCACAAUAACAACAGCAUCACUUAAACAAUGUCGACCGGGUGUCAUAGUUGCAAAGCAAAUAUCUUGAUUGCAUUGCAGUAGUAGGAGUCAUAUGAAUAAAAACAGUAUGAUGAGUACCACCACUAAUAAAGAUACUAGAAGUAAAGCUGGAGUUAGCAAUAAUAUUAGUAAUAUAAAUAAAUAUAAAAAUAAAAAUAUUAGAGAUAAUAUAUCAAGCAAAAUCCACAGUUAUAAUAAAGUCAGUGAUGUAAAAACUACAACUACAACUACGCAUGCAAACAAAAUCAAUGGCAACGCUACACGUGAAUGUAAAGUUAUUAAUAAAAGUUAUGAUUAUGAUACUACUUAUACAAAAAGUAAGGAACAUCAACCUGUCGACGGAGGGGAUGGUGAUGACUUUAAUGUUGAAGGCAGCAGCAGCGGCGGCGGAAACAAUAUAAUCAAGCUUAUUCCUUCUCCGCCAAUAAGUAUAUCUUCAAAUACUAAUAACUAUAAUUUUACUCUAUCAACCAGCAACAUAGCAUCAUUUAGAUCGUCCUUCAUUUCAAAUUCGUCGACAUCCAAAUCGCAACAACAUCAACAGUAUAUACAACUCAAUAGUAACAAUAAAUCAAAGAAGUCACAUCAAUUCCCGAUUCCAUUAAAACUUUGAAGAUCCAGACAAAAUAAAUAAAUAAAUUAAAAAAAUAAAAAUAAAAUAAAAUAAACGCAGAAGGGUUUUUUACGUAUUCUAUAAAUAUUAUAUUUAUUUUAAGAAUUGUAAAAUGAUUCAAUCUUUAAAAAACAAAAACUCACAUUUAAGAGGUAUACAAAAAUUAAAUAAAGUUUAAACAAAUUUGUUUUUGUUGAGAAGUACAAACUA